AUGAUCCAAGACGACCUCCUUCAUCUGCUUAUCCGCCUUCCGAAAGGGAUCAUAACCACGACCUCUAGGUUCUUUGUUACUGAACAUUCGCUUGACCGUGCUGCUGCCCACAUAUAUACCAUUUUGCGUCUGUGCAAGUGUCCUCAGUCUUUCUGUCUUUUUUGCCUUCGCGUCAAUAACCUUUGCGGUGUCCUUCGGUUGCCUUCUUUUGAGGUCAGCAAUCUUCUCUUCCUUGGUGGGGAAGUAUUCUCUCAAAGCUCGCAACUCUCUUCCUCAGGAGUCUCACUCUCACUCUCAGAGGACGCAACUGUUUUGUUCUACACCGAGUGA